GCUUCAUGCCAACAUCAUCCAAGAACCGUACCCAUCUAGGUUUUGAAUGCCUCAGUUCGAGACAUAUGAUGGUACCAAAGACCCUAAUGAUCACUUGCACGCAUUUUACUCCAUUAUGCAAGCUCAAAAUGCCUCAGACGCCUUGAUGUGCAAAAUAUUCACCUCUACAUUGCGCGGCAACGCGCGGACCUGGUAUUACAGUCUGCAACCAAACUCAAUCAGUUCUUAUGCUGAGAUGGCGGCAUUCUUCGCUACGAAGUUCUCCAGUCGUCGGCUGAUCAAGAAAACAACCUCCGAACUCAUGCGGGUCACCCAGAGAGAAGGUGAAUCCUUAAAGAAUUACAUGAAUAGAUUUAGUGACGCAGUGUUGGAGAUCGGCUCGUUCAGCCAAGUUGUUGGGUUAGCUGCACUAAUCCAAGGCCUUAAGCAUGACAGGUUUCGAGAUAGCCUCAUAAAGCAUGCUCCCUCCACGUUUGAUGAAGCCAAUGAAAGAUCUUGGAAGUUUAUCCAAGCCGAGGAAUAUGCUUUGUCUAGCAAGCCGGCUCCAAAUAAAGAGGUUAAACCUCCAACCUGGAGAGAUGAAGGACAGAACCAGAAGAGAUUUAAGCCUACACAAAACCGGGGCCCUUUCCCACCUAAGCUGGACCGACCCCCAACUCCUACUCCGCAGCCUAUGGCAAAGCACGUUGCUUGGACUCCGUUUAAUCUGUCGAGGUCACAAAUCUUAAUGCAGAUCAAAAAUAAAAUGGAGCUCAGAAGGCCUCUUCCUAUGCGAAGUUCACCCGCCUCAAGGGAUCACAACAGAUAUUGUGAUUUCCACCAGGACCAUGGCCAUACCACUGAGGAAUGCAACAUUUUGAAGUAUGAGCUUGAGGGUUUAGCUCCACCAUCCCCGCUCCCUCCACCCUCGCGCAUCAUUCACAUGAUAACAAGAGGUCCGGAAGCUGGAGGGACGAGUUCAAAGCAGCAGAAGCUCUAUGUGCGAGAGGUGAAGCAUCACAAUCGGGCCCAAAAGAGGAAAUUUGAUGAGACAAACUGGAAGAACCAAUCGAUAACGUUCAGUUCCGUUGAUUUUGACGGUGUUGUCACACCACAUAAUGAUCCGUUGGUCACUUCGGUCAUGGUCAAUAAUUGCGAAGUUCAGUGCGUCCUUGUAAACACAGGAAGCGCUCCGGACAUCAUGUACUAUCAUUACUUCGAGAGCCUUGGCCUCGACCCCGCCCUUCUACAGAAGUAUGACGGCCCCAUCUACGGCUUCAACAAUCAACCAGUGCCUGUGGAAGGAAUUCUCAAACUCAAUGUAACAUUGGGCUCAGGUCGGGCCUAUGUAAUCCCUUCAGUCCAAUUUUUGGUAGUGAAGAUGGCGUCAUCCUUUAUCAUCGUCAUCGGGAGGCCAACCUUGACUAAAAUUAGGGCAGUUGUCUCACCAUCCCACCUCUGCAUGAAAUUCCUCACCCCUACAGGUGUGGCAACGUUAAGGGGAAAUCAAGAGGUAGCCCGCCACUGCUACAUGACUUCAGUCUCUCGACCGCGGAGGGAUCAACAAGUGGCAAACCCAGAGCCCACUCAGUCUGAAGUCCCAGCUACACAGCAAGUCGUGGGUGUAAAAUUGCUGGAUAACAGACUUGAAGAUGAAGCCAGAGCCACCCCAGCAGAAGAGGUGGAGAAGGUACAACUUGACGACCGCGAUCCCACCAAAAAAACACAGAUCGGUACCAAGCUAAGCUCCAAAGAACGGGCAGAGCUCAUUGACUUUCUGAAGUCCAACAAAGACGUGUUUGCCUGGACCUCAGCUGAUAUGCUGGGCAUCCCCACCUCGGUUGCAGUACACAAACUGGAAACAAUUAAGUCAGAAGUGGAGAAACUCCUGCAGGCCGGGUUUGUAAGACGAGUAGACUACUGCGAAUGGGUUGCUAAUCCCAUUUUAGUCAAGAAGUCGAACGGCCAAUGGCGAAUGUGUAUUGAUUACACGAAUUUGAAUGAGGUCUGCCCCAAGGACUGCCACCCUCUGCCGAGUAUCGAUAAGCUCGUAGAAGCCGCGUCCGAAAACGAAAGGCUUAGCCUUUUGGAUGCUUACUCGGGGUAUCAUCAGGUCCACAUGGCACCCGAAGACGAGGCGAAGACCUCUUUCUAUGCAGGUGACGAGAUCUACUGCUACGUAAGGAUGCCGUUUGGGCUCAAGAAUGCAGGGGCUACAUAUCAGAAGAUGGUGACGAUUGUGUUCCGAGCUCAGAUCGGUAGAAAUUUGGAAGUCUACGUUGAUGACAUAGUGGUCAAAAGUCCCAAGGCAAAGGAUCACCCAGCCAAGUGUGUCUUUGGUGUCGAAUCUAGCAAAUUCCUAGGAUUCAUGGUCUCCAAGAGGGGGAUCGAAGUCAAUCCCGAGAAGAUAAAGGCAAUAGAAGAAAUGAAGCCACCGAAGUUGAUUAAGGAUGUGCAACGCUUAGCCGGGAGAAUAGGAGCUCUGCACAGGUUUGUGUCGAAGUCGGCAGAAAAAUGUUUGCUUUUCUUCAAAAUCUUGAGAUCCGUGGCCCAUAAAGAUGAAACAGGGAGAUCUAAGAAGUUCGACUGGACCUUAGAGUGCCAAACCGCCUUCAACGACCUUAAGUCAUACCUCGGCUCACCACCUCUGUUAACCAAGGCCGAAGAAGGCGAAAUCCUUUACCUCUACUUCGGAAUCUCCAAUGCGACAAUAAGCUCAAUCUUAGUCAAAGAAGCAAGCAAACAGCAGAAGUCGGUAUACUAUGCUAGCAAGGUUCUACAAGGAGCCAAACUACGGUAUUCCGUCGCAGAAAAAGCAGCUCUAGCAAUUUUUCAGAAGCCGGAAUGUUCGGGCAGACUUAUCAAAUGGGCAGUGGAGUUGGGGAAAUUUCAAAUAACAUUCCAACAAAGGUCGUCAAUUCGGGCUCAAGCCUUGGUAGACUUUGUUGUCGAAUGCACCUCGAGCUCCGAAACCAUCGCUUCUGAGCCUGAGCAAUGGACCCUUUAUGUGGAUGGGUCGUCAAGCAAAAGAGGGUCAAGAGUUGGAACGGUGUUGUUGGGGCUAGGAAGCUUUCGGAGUGAGCAUGCCCUAAAAUUUAAUUUCGAAGCAACGAAUAAUAUGGUCGAAUACGAGGCACUCCUCCUCGGACUUCGCUUAGCAGCAGAGUUGAAGGUCAGAUCCCUGCAAGUUUACAGUGACUCACAACUCAUAGUCAACCAAGUCAACUCUACAUGCGAGGUCACAGAUCUGACCCUUGUCAAGUACUUAGCUGUGGUUUUGAAGCUCAAAAGCCAAUUUGUAAGAUUUCAACUCACCAAAAUCUCGAGUUCCGAAAAUGGCCAUGCCGACUCACUGUCAAAGCUAGCUUCUGACAGCUCAAUUGGACCAAGGUCAGUCUUUGUUAAAGUCCUAGACCAACCAAGCUUCCAGAGGUCGCAGGUGAUGAAGAUGAAGUUGCGACGGAAGGCAUCUCGGUAUACCCUAGUGGAUGGAACCCUCUAUAAGAGGUCAUAUUCGCUCCCUCUUCUUCGCUGUUUAAUCCCUUAUGAGGCCGACUACGCACUUUGCGAGGUGCAUGAGGGUGUAUGUGGGAGUCACGUCGGAGCUCGGACCCUGGCCCACAAGGUGCUUCGCCAAGGAUACUACUGGCCAAACAAGCAAGAGGAUGCCAAGCAGCACGUCCAGAAAUGCCCGAAGUGCCAAUUCUUUGCACAUCUCACCCACCAACCAACAGAAGAACUUACCACCUUAGUAGCAUCGUGGCCCUUUGCGCAGUGGGGGAUUGACCUCCUAGGUCCUUUUGUUAAGGGUACAGGGGGGGUAACACACCUAGUCAUGGCAGUCGACUACUUCACCAAAUGGGUAGAAGCCAGACCUCUUUCUAGCCUGACCUCGCGAAAGAUUGAAGACUUUGUUUUCAGUUCGGUUAUAUGUAGGUAUGGGAUUCCAAACCAAGUCGUUGCCGACAAUGGACCUCAGUUCAACUGCACCUCGUUCAAAGACUUCUAUUCCAGAUACAGGAUUAAGUUGGUGUUCACCUCUGUUUAUCAUCUUGAGGCAAAUGGAAUGGUUGAGUCUGUCAACAAGGCCAUCCUAGAAGGAAUUAAACCAAGACUAGAUCAGGUCAAAGCCAAGUGGUCAGACGAGCUCAACAAUGUUCUGUGGGCCUACCGAACUACGAGUCGAACAGCCACAGGCCAAACGCCCUACCACUUGGCUUUUGGGAUCGAGGCAGUCAUCCCUGUCGAAAUGGGCGUCCCAAGCCUACGAGUGACCCAUUUCGACGCAACUCGAAAUGAACAGUUGCUCAGGGAAAACCUCGAUUUCUUAGACGAAAUCCGAGAGGAAGCUCGACUUCGAACAUUAGCAUACAAACAGAAGUUGGCCAACUCAUACAAUAGACAAGUCCGACCUUGGACCUUUAGAGUUGGCGACUUCAUCCUCAGAAAGGCAGGACUCACCAGCUUCAAAACUCGCUUCGGCAAGCUGGUGCCCAACUGGGAAGGCCUAUAUGUAGUGGCCGAAAUCCCACACCCUGGCGCUUACAUACUUGUAGAUGCUGAGGGUAAAAGAAUACCUAGGGUUUGGAAUGUAAAUAAUUUAAAGAAGUUUUACCCAUAAUAAAGCUUCUUUUAUUCAAAUUCUUAUCAACCGAGCUUGAGCUCCCACGUUGACUUCUACCUCACCUUUACAAAAGUUACAUUUCUGAUUUCUUUCUACCCGAGGUCAAAUAGUUAG